UCGCUUCCACACGCGUCGACGAUGGUCAACCAAAAUCCGCACUUUUAAUCAAAUCCAACAACAGCAGCGUCAGAAGAUACGAAUUAAUUCGCGAACAACAAUGCAUUUGCCCCAAGGAGCGCUGAGCUUUCUGUUUAUCACUUGCGUGAUGUUCACGCUGGCUGGCGGCCAUCCAUCAAGCGACAAGCUGAAGAUCCGCAUACACGUGCCGGUGAAGCACCACACACAUAUCCACACGAAGACGGUCAUUAAGAAGGUCCCGUUGCCCAUUCCGGUGCCGGUCAAGGAGCACCACGAGCCGCCCAAGAAGCACCACAGUCGCAGCCACCACCACCACCACGAGCACCAGGAGGACGAAAUGGACGACGACUUCGAGGGCUACGAGUAUCCCGUGAAGGCCAAGCGACGCACGCGGCAUCCCUUUGUCUGAGUGUCUGCAGGGGCAGGAACCCG